AUGAUCUUAUACCACUGCGGCUGCUAUGGGUCCAUCACUUGUCACACCUCCUGUUCCCAGAUCAUGUCCGAGAUCCACCGCAUUAACGACGCAGAGGCUUGGCAGGGCGAAGGGCUAAGCCAGCUGCCGUUUUAUAUGCCCGACGAGUGCGAUCCAUGGUGGCAUAACACCAUCCUGGUCCCAAGAGCGGCCUUUUGCGACCGCUUCUGGGUCAAUGACUGUCCGUCUGAGCAGAGGAUGGACGAGUGGCUCGAGUACUAUUAA